AUGCAUCUGCUUGUCCUUGGUGCCACUGGUCCCUGCGGCGUUCAGCUUAUCCAGGAGGCCCUUUCUACCUCGCAUUCCGUCGUCAUCUACGCCAGGUCACCCCAGAAACUCCCGGACAGCAUUACCUCCCAUUCCUCUGUCUUCGUCGUCAAAGGGGAGCUUGGAAACGUUGAGCUGUUGUCCCAGGCUAUGGCGGGUGUCGACGCUGUACUUUCUGCGCUAGGGCCGGCUGUCAAAUCUGGACCAUUUCAUCCCAGCGACACUCCUCUCGCACGAGCGUAUGCCGCUAUCAUCGACGUGAUGAAGAAGUGCGGUGUCAAGCGGCUGAUCGCGUUGGGCACCGCCAGCAUCAAGGAUGACCGCGACAAGUUCAGUCUGGAGUUCGUGGCGCUGGUCAGUGGAGUGGCUCUCUUCGCCCGCAGCGCGUACAAAGACGUCGUCGCCAUUGGAGAAACGAUUCGUGCACAAGGUGACGGCCUGGAAUGGACCAUUGCACGGGUGCCCAUUCUCACGCAGAACGAGAAGCGAGAUGUCCUUGCCGGUUACAUUGGGGACGGGACGACGAAGACAACAUUGGCGAGGGCGGGGUUUGCGGCUUUCGUGAUCAAUGAGGUGGAGAAGAACGAAUGGUGCGGAAAAGCUCCUCUUAUUUCUUCCCCCUAG